CUGUCGAGUUAACCCUUUCCGAGCCGCGGUGCUGGCCUGGUGUCGAGGGGAGAAGUUCUGGACUGAAUGGGGACAGCUGGAUUGCAGCGGGGCUUGGAGCCAGCAGUUCCGAGGGUGGGAGUGGUCAGUGGCCGGUCACCUGUCCCCUCUCACCGAAAAAGAAACUUCGGCUCUUGGAAGUGCUAGGAUCCGUGUGGGGGAUGGGCAGCGAGUAGCCCAACACCUCCUCCUCCUCAGAGUACCGGGUCUUCCCCCGCCGGGGUCCAACAAGGGUCUGGGUCGGGGCGGGUCCAGACCCCCGGCCCUGCCCAGCAGGCGGGCUCAGGCCUCACCCUCGGAUCUCGCCGCAGGGCCAAUCCAGCCUCUGGGGCGCACCCGGGCGGCCUUUCCGGGCCCUCAGCUUCCUCUGGCCGUCCCGCCCCUCACACUCCCGCCCCCCGGCCCCAGUCUGGCCGGGCCUCGCGGCGGCUGCGGUACCAACAGUGGCGGCGAUUGGGCUGCGCCCCGCCGCGUCCCCGAGUCCCGGGAGUCGGCGCGGCGCGCCAAAGUGACCUGGCACAGCCUGGACCCCAAGCUCAUCGGCUUUGUCUGGCUGGCCGCCUGGCCUCUUCCCACUUGGAUUUGGAUGAUCCUGAGGCCUUUGGAGGAACUUCGAGGCAAAGGCCCCUCUUCCUCUUCCACCGGCAGGAGCAGCCAUUCGCCACGGAGAGCCCAGCUGUCAGCUGUCUCACAGGAAGAUGCUUCGAGGAUGGGGUGGCCCCAGUGUGGGUGUGUGUGUGCGCACAGCGCUGGGGGUGCUGUGCCUCUGCUUCACAGGAGCUGUGGAAGUCCAGGUCUCUGAAGACCCCGUGGUGGCCCUGGUGGACACGGAUGCCACCCUACGCUGCUCCUUUUCCCCAGAGCCUGGCUUCAGUCUGGCACAGCUCAACCUCAUCUGGCAGCUGACAGACACCAAACAGCUGGUGCACAGCUUCACGGAGGGCCGGGACCAAGGCAGUGCCUACGCCAACCGCACAGCGCUCUUCCCUGACCUGUUGGUGCAAGGCAAUGCGUCCUUGAGGCUGCAGCGCGUCCGAGUAACCGACGAGGGCAGCUACACCUGCUUUGUGAGCAUCCAGGACUUUGACAGUGCUGCUGUUAGCCUGCAGGUGGCCGCCUUCUACUCAAAGCCCAGCAUGACUUGGGAGCCCAACAACUGGGGACAAGGUGACAUCAUAUGCACCAGCUCCCAGGGCUGCCCAGAGGCUUCGGGGGCUCAGCAGACUGGCCUUGUGACCGAAUCUUAGGUGGCCAAGGAGCAGGGCUUGUUUGAUAUGCACAGCAUGCUUAGAGUAGUCCAGGAUGCUAAUGGCACCUACAGAUGCCUGGUACUCAACUUGGUGUUACAGUCCUAUUCCUCCUUAAUGCUUGGUCUCUGUGAUUCUGACCCAGGAGACAUGGAGGUCCAGGUCUCUGAAGACCCUGUGGUAUCCCUGAUGGACAGUGAUAACACAAUAUGCUGUUCUCCCCUGAAACCCCACCCCACCCUCGAGCCUGGCUUCAGCCUGGCCCAUUUUAUCCUCAUCUGGCAACUAGACACCAAAUAUCUGGUGUGCAGCUUCCCUGGGGGGCUGGGUCCAGGGCAGGCCUAUCCCAGCAGCACAGCAUUCUUCCCGCUGGCACAGGGCAGUGUGUUCUUGAGGGUUCCGUGUAUGUAUGUAGCUGAUGAGGGCAGCUCCCCCUGCUUUGUGGGCAUCUGGAACUUUCGCAAUGCUGCUGCCAGCCUGCAGGUGGCAGCCCCCUACUCGAAGCCCAGCAUGACCCUGGAGCCCAACAAGGACCUACGUCCAGGGGACAUGGUGACCAUCACGUGCUCUAGCUACCAGGGCUAUCCGGAGGCCGAGGUGUUCUGGAAGGAUGGACAGGGAGUGCCCUUGACUGGCAAUGUGACCACAUCCCAGAUGGCCAACGAGCGGGGCUUGUUCGAUGUUCACAGCGUGCUGAGGGUGGUGCUGGGUGCUAACGGCACCUACAGCUGCCUGGUACGCAACCCGGUGUUGCAGCAAGAUGCUCACGGCUCAGUCACCAUCACAGGGCAGCCCCUGACAUUCCCCCCUGAGGCUCUGUGGGUAACCGUGGGGCUCUCCGUCUGUCUUGUGGUACUACUGGUGGCUCUGGCUUUCGUGUGCUGGAGAAAGAUCAAGCAGAGCUGCGAGGAGGAGAAUGCAGGUGCUGAGGACCAGGAUGGAGAUGGAGAAGGAUCCAAGACAGCUCUACGGCCUCUGAAAAACUCUGAAAACAAAGAAGAUGACGGACAAGAAAUUGCUUGAUUGGGAGCUGCUGCCCUUCCCAGAUGGGGGGACCCACCCUCUGGCAGUGUUGAGCUUCAAUGUGAGCCCUUCCCCCAAUGAAUGGGUUCUGUCCCACAGAUCUACCCGUUCGUCAAGGAACGUGGUCCAUCGACCACCCACAGCCUUACUUUUCCAAUGGACUUAAUUCCCAUCGUCCUGCAGCUUCAUUUCUCCAGUGACACGAUACAUGAACCAUCCUGCGGCCUUAUUUCUUAUGGACAGGACACAAAGAUGUUCCUCCUUAGUGUUCCUCCAGAGUCGUCUGGCGGCCUUGUGAUACCGCAUGAACCUUCUUCCUUCGGCCUUACUUCUAAUGGACACACACACACCACCCCCACACCCUUGCUCCUCCAAAGCCAUGCAGACUGUGUAACUGCUAUUAUUCUCCAAGGGGCAUCCUGGGCAGAUGAACCCCUCCCUGCCUUAUUUCCCUGAAGACAGCUGCACAGUGACCUCUUAGUUCUUUCUCCCAUGGCCCUCACGUAUCCGAGUUACCAAUCCUCAACCUCAGUUCUGAGGGUGGUUGUUGUCUCGCUCCCUGACUAAGUGAGAUGGGGCACCCCCCCCCCCCACAGGUCACAGAUACCUACCUGCAGCUGUGCGUGCUGGAUCACGUACUUGCCUUGCAUGGUCUCCUCUGGCUGCCCUGGGCUGUGCCCAUUCUUCCACAGGAAGCAAGUGCUUAUCUCCCUGGUUCUCAGGGCCCCUCAGGGGCUCAGCCUUCAACCCUGUGCUUCCCCAUGUUGGGAAUCUUUGUUACCUUUCCCUCCUUAGUAAAUUAACAUCUGAUAACAACCACAGGGUCCAAUGGGACUUUCACAGACCUGCCAGCAAGAUAAAUAAUGACACAGAAGUUUAUUAAUAUUUUAAGGCUUAGGCCUUUUGCCGGGCAGCCUCCCAACUAUUCUAUCCUGACUAAUCGUGGCACUAUGUCCCACCACAUGGCCAGGUCUAUCUCUCUGCUCCACUCUCCAUCCACCUCCAUGUCUGCCAGCAAAUCUCCCAUGAUUCAGUUCUUCUCCCAGAGUCCCUAUCUCUGCCCGGAAGUACCACCUUCGACUUCCUGCCCAACUACUGGCCGUCAGCUCUUCAUUAAAGCCGCUCAGAUGUAAAUCUAGAUUGCCUUAGGCAGGUGAGGAAGAAACAAGUAUUUGUAAAAUAUGAGACCAGCGAUGGGCCAUAGAAAUAACAGCACCAGAUCCUGCCAGCAUUUAGUCCUCUGCUGGUACAAAAUUAACAAUUGAGUAUACAGAGACCUACCUUCAGAGUGUACCCCAACAACAGGCGUGAGCAUGGUGCUGGGUACUAGGGUCCUGCCGGAAAAUCAGAGACCUUACCUCCAGCUGGGACAUGACCUUGCUCCCGACUUACCCACCACUUUUGGAUACCUCACCCUCAGCCCACACUAUCCCUGGCCUAGGGCCCAGGGUAGAGCCAGAAACAUGGAGAAAGCAUGGCCCUUUGCCAUACCUGGAGAACUGGGUAUUUCCCAGAGUCUUUAUAGAUGUGGACUGGAAGGCAGGUGGCCACAGCCGUGCAGACCUGGGUCAGGUCAGAAACCUAUGCCAUGCUGGGACCCUACUCAACAGCAGAAGCAUGAAGAGGGCCUGAGGACAAGUAGGGCCUUCUUACCAUGGUGCUAUUCUGGAGCUGGGAUAUGUACCUGGCUUGUCUCUGACUGCCCUGGCUUCUGGCAGAACUUCUGAUGUCCUCCUGAAGGCCUCUCUCCCACCCCAGUACCUGAGAACCUGAGGAUAAUUUAAACAUGGGACUCUGGCCAGCACCUGGGAGAGACAGGUAGAUCUCUGACUUUGGACCCAGCCUGGUCUACAGAGUGAGUUCCAGGACAUCUGGGGAUACACAGAGAAACCAUCUUAUAGACUAAGAAUAAUAAACACGGGACUCUGUAAACUGGGUGUAUUUUGGGAGAAAUAAAUGUCUUUUUCUUUCAAUAGC